AUGUGUUUAGCAAAAAAAAGUAGUACGAAAAAAAUCACAGCGGAAGAGAAGCCUGGCGAGAAAAAGUUGGUGCCGAAAAAAGAGUCGCGUGGCAAAAAAGUGGAAAUAUCAGACAAGAAAAAGCCGAAAGAAUCGGAGCACAAAAAGGUAGAGGAAGUUGUUAGGACAACUUCGACACGAGUGGAAAAAGAGAGCGAGUUGAAGGAAGUCAGUUUGGAAGAGGAGAAACAGGUAGGUAUAAUUGGGGGAAUUCUACGCCUAUUCAAUCACAUUCUUUCUGGGUACUUGAAAAACAAGAAAUUCUUGCAGAAAUCUCUUUGGGGAUGGCUCAAGCCAAAAUCUAGCAAAGAAAAACAGUCAAAAUUGCUCAAACCCGGAGAAGAGCCUAACAAAAUCCCGGUAAAACCCGAAGCGCAACAGAAUGGUGGAAAACCCGGUGCUCAGGCGACUGCAAAUAUUCAUACGAAGCGUCGCGUUCCGCCGGUCAAAAAACAACAGCAGCAACAAAAUCAUACGGAUGUCGGGGAUGAGUGAGUUCGGCAGGAGACUUUUGAAAAACCGAGAAAAAAAAAAGAAAAAAUUGACGUGGCCGUGACCUAGAAACAUCAACAAAGGUGGACUAGGAACCGCCUCGGCCAGUUUUUUAUUUUUUUGAAAUUUUCGGGGUUUUCGGGGGUUUUCAGACAUUUUUGAAGUAAAUCCAAUAGUAUUCAGUAUCAAAAUGCUUCAAAUUUUGCAGCCGAUCCGUCAACGAUGCUACCGAAUUUCUGGAAAACGCCCAACUCACAAAACUCAUGUCAAACGCGGAUAUUCGCGCUGCACUUGGCGGACAAGUGAAUCAUGACGCAAUCGAUGAGACGAGUUGUCGCGAUACGAUUGAUGAAGUCGACAGCGAAAUGCCGGAUAUGGUAUUUUCGCCGCUUUUGCAAAGAGUUGCGAAACAGGAGGAGGCGAGACCAAUUCAUGUUAAUUGUGGCAUGUUCCAACAGGUCGAUUCGUUGAUGCCGGUGAGCAUUUUUUUUGUGAAAAUUGGGGAAUUUUUGAUACCAAAUAAGCCUGAGUAUCCACGUGGCAAAUUAUUUUUGAAAAGAAAUUUUGAAAAUUCAAACUUUGUUGUGAAAAUUUCUAAAUCAAUUUUUAAAUCCAAAAUGUGACGUGGCUAUGGAAAUUUUUAAAAGUUUAAAUAUUGGUGCCAAAAAUAUUUGAAUUUUUCGCUGCGAGACUCCAAAAUUCAUAUGACACUGCCUUCAAUAAUCCCUCUUUUUCCAGCUUCAUCACUCGAAAUCGAAAGAGAAAAACUGA